ACUUUUGUCGAAUUUCUGCGGCUUCACGCCGAAGAGGUCAGCCAUGUUGGAUAUCUAUUUUUUCAUCCUUCCUAAUCUGUAAUUACUAAGGACCAUCAGAAGAACAUAAACGAACUAACGAACCUCAGAAUAUUGGUCCGCACUUUACAGGAUAUAUUUUUCCAAUUGAGGAUCGUAUAGCUACACAAGAAGAGGAUAACGGAAGACCUUCGCAAGGAGCUUCUCUAUACUUCAGCGUCUUAGAACGCUCGUACUAACAUGCAGAAGGGGAAAGGUUCUACUGCAUCCCCUCCUGCAGGGGCAGGUAGAGGCCAGCCACCAUCCCAAAGAGGCCCAACGCCACCUAAUCGAGGCCAGGACGACUACUCUUCGAGAAAUUCCCAGGGUUAUCAACAACAGGGUGGAAUACCAAUGAUGUUCCAAGGCAUGAUGCAGCAGAACCCACAACAUGGACAACCCCCCCGAGGAAUGCCGCCAUAUUUACCAACACGUUCAGUGAGGAUAUCACACCAACAAACACCUAAUCAUCAAAUUUACCCCUCUCCUUCACCUCCAGUAGGGGUACGGUCAAUUUAUCCAAUGUCUGGGAGUGGCACCCCAUCACCAUUUGGAAUGUCCCCUCAGUAUGCACAGGUUGACUUUCAAACAGUACCAGUUGCAAACCAGCAAGUGCAAUUCAGAGGUCCAGGACAGCAAGUACCUGGACCAUAUAAUCAAGUUUACCCUGGUUAUUCAACUUCUGCAUCAAUGGCGCCAUCUAUAUGUGGACCGCCUGUUAUGUUUAUGAGGAACGCUCCAAUACCUCAAAAUAUGCCAGGUCCUCAACCAUCAUUCCAACCUUCCCGUCAAGAACAGCAACCGGCACCACCUCGUAAAAGAAAUAUCAUCCAAAUUAAAGAUCCAGCCCAAGACAAUAAAGACGUAACCGAAGAAAUACUUUCACAACCUGCUUCUACAAUUACAUCUGAUUCAGGAUCUCCCAGCCUUGCAUCAGAAACUAGGAUUUCUGGAAAUUCUAGUGCUUUAAAUAUGCCUCCACAAGAUGUGUCUAAAAAUAACGAAUCAGGGCCAGUUACUACAGCGCGGGGAGCUGUUACUAUAACUGACCCAAACGACUCCGUAAAGAAGACAAAACCAACCAUCACACAGGUAGCCACACCCACUCAAACAGCCAAGAGCACUUCACCAAAGACAAUGCAUCCAGAUGUAAAAAUUAUCGCCAUUAAAAAUACUAGAACUGUAGAUAAGGAUGCCAAGAAGGAGGAAAACAAGGUUGAUGUUGCAAAACCACUGGUUAAGACAGCCGGUGAAGAUGUUAAUCAGGUGAAGAAAGCUUCUGAUACUGCAGCUAGUGCCACGACAGUAGUAGAUGGUGCAAAAGUUAGUACUGAAGCUAAAGAAAAAGACUCUGCAGAAGUGAAAACGGAAAAUCAAAUCAAUUCAAAUACUGCCAAACCUAGUAUAUCAAAUGAAAUUGUACCUCCUUCAGCUCCUGUUGAUUCUAAGGUAACAACGCAAGAAAAGGAAGACGUAACGACAGAUAUUGCACCUAGUAAAAAACUAGAAUCAAAACCAAAAGAAAAACUGGGCUUAGAAUCACAAGAACAAACAAAAGCACACAAUGAAAACUUACCUAAUGGGUCCAUAAGUCCACUAACAGUAAGCAAAGAAAUUAUUAAAGAAAAUACACAAGAACCAGAAAUGGUUCCAUCUGUAAAGGAUGUUCCUAAUUCAGAUAUUAAAGUGUUGAAACAAGAAGAAAUUUCUAAAGUAGAAGCAGAGACUGUUGAUGUUGCUGCAGUGCCAAGCAGGGAGCCUACCCAAGAAGACGAAGCUGUCAAUGGAGUGGAGUCAGAAUCAAAAGCCAAACAAACUGCUGUUCCUACGAGUGCAACUUCUGAACUAGCUAUGAAAGAACAACCCAAACGGAAAAAAAUGAACAAAAGACUGAAAGAAAUGGACAAAAAGCCUGACAAGGCCGAUCUUAUGGAUGCUUUCACAGAAGCUCCACCGAAAGAAGAAGUUAAAGAAGAGCCUAAAGAAGCCMUUAAAGAAACCACAAAAGAGGAACAAGAAGAGAAAGCAGGAUCAGAGGAAGAAACCUGGGAAGACAAGGAUGAGAAAUCCGAAGAAGGGUUGUGGUCACCAGAAGAAGAGGCUGAGGAAAGCAAAAAUGGGCCAAGAUUCUAUGACAGAGAUUUCUUACUCCAAUUCCAGUUCAAUCCUAUUUGUACCGAAAAACCUGACGAUCUUCCAGACAUUGAGGUUGUUCUUCAGAAUCCUGUCAUUCACAGACCUCAACUUAAACAGCCUUACCCCAGACUGGGAGGCGGUGGAGGUGUAGACUUCAUGAUGCCCAGCUACAUGCGACCGCAAAGAGGACAAGGACAGUCCAACCAAUCAAUGACUCGCAGCAAUAAAGGACGGAUGCCUGCCAAGAAAGUCAUUCAUACAUCAAUUGAACAGAAAGUUGAGGUAAUGAAUACAAACUUAUUCAUUAUUGCAGGAAAUAAACCCAAUAUCUAGAGUCUUAUUACAGGG